AUGCAUGAAGUCAUUACUCUGCAGUUUGGUCAGCGAAGUAAUUACUUAGCCACUCAUUUCUGGAAUGCUCAGGAGUCUUACUUUUCGUACUCACCUGGAGAGGCACCACUGGUCAACCAUGAUGUUCUAUUCAGACCUGGUCUUGGCGAAGGAGGCAUUGAUACCUUCACACCGAGAACACUCAUCUACGAUCUGAAAGGCGGAUUUGGAUCACUUAGGAAGAUCAAUGCUUUGUAUGAGGCCCAAGAUGAUGCAGUCGCUAGGCUGUGGGACGGGUCGACUCUCACGCAGCAGCAACAGCCGGUCGAACCGAGCAGAUAUCAGACCUUGCUCGAUAGUGGCAUGCCGACCUUUCAACUUCAGCAGCAAGAUGUGAGAUACUGGUCAGACUUCAAUCGGAUCUUCUACCACCCAAGGUCGGCGGUCCAAUUGAACCAGUAUGAGCUAAACUCGGAGCUGAUGCCCUUCGAGAAUUGGUCCACCGGCGACGACCUCUUCCGUGACCUAGACAAAGAAGUCGAUCUACUGGAUCGGGACGUUCGCUUGUUCGCUGAAGAAUGUGAUCAACUUCAGGGCAUGCAGCUGUUUACCGGCACAGAUGAUGCGUGGGGUGGCUUCGCCGCUCGUUAUCUCGAUGCUCUUCGCGACGAGUAUCCGAAAUCGAGUCUCUGGGUUUUCGGCAUUGAGAACAAUGCAAGAGUAGAAAGAAGAACACACGCCAUGCGCCAGUCAAAUGUGGCACGUUCCGUGGCCGCGUUCGGUCAACAGGCCUCAGCAUACAUCCCACUGGCGACACUGCCCAAGCAUCCCCCUUACAUUCGACUCAAUGGAAGCGAGUGGCUGACAUCGGCACUGCAGUGUGUCGCCAUCGAGUCGGCUACACUCCCGACCAGACUUGUGCAUGAUGCAUCCACGAACUUCACCUUACCUGUGCUUGAGAGCAUCUUGAAUACCAAUGGAUCGCAGAAUAUCUUCGAAGUUGGGCUGAGCUAUCUUGAGGAUGACACUGCCAACAUCAACGGUACGAGUAACGGGCAUGCGAGCUCUGGUCGCGAGGCGGAUUCGACAAACUUCGACCCACUGGACAUUAAGUUCCUCUCCAUGCAGGAACAAUCAAAUAGAGGGAUCGAGCACGCCUUUUCCCGAGCCGAAGUCCAUCGAUCACGACACAACUCUUCAGUGGCACCCACACGUUUCCCCGAUGAUCGGGUGAGACAAAGUGCGGAUGAAGAGACCAUAGUUGAGAAGUUUAAGACGAGGCUAGAAUUUCCUAUGCUGGAUUCUUUUCCGGACGGCCUAUUCCAAACUAGAGACCUACACCCCAAGUCUCUCGGUGUGAAAGCGGCUCUCACAAGUACGACCUCAGUCCGAGGGCAUAUUUUACAGCUUCGGCGCGCGGCGCAAAUGAGUCUCUCAAUUGACGAGAGAGAAUCGAUAUACAACGACCUAUCAGCACUUGCGAGCAACUACAGUCAUGGCUGGGACAGUGGAUCCGAUUCUGGCGAGGAUGACUGA